GUCACAUGUGUACCUGUGUAUAUCUGAAAAGCAUGAAAGGCCUUGAUCUAUCGGCUUCUUACUGAGAUAUGAGAUAGAUAGAUUGAUAGAUGGCUAGAUAGAGAAGAGCUCUUAAGUCCCAUCAAUGUUUUACAAAUCCUUCUUUGAAAAUACCCAUCGAUCAUGACCCUUCUGACAUCUUCUACUUCUAGUAACUGUUUUCGGCCAAUGUGGGAAGCAAAGGCGACAACUUUUUUAUAUUUCACAGCAGCCUUGGCACUGGCAGGCACAGCCACUAAGAUCAUGACCCUGAAUAGCGAUAAUUUGAUGCCACACUCUACUUUCUGUCAUCAAUGCCAUUGAUCAAGAAAAAGAGUAAAGCAACAGUCUCUUGGUUGGUUCUGAUUAAAGCUACAUUUUCCUUUGCUUUCUCUUGUUCACUUGUGGGGUUUGGCUUGUUUUGUUUCUACUUUGCUCCCCUCUCAUGGCUUCUUUCCCUCUUUUCUUUGUUGGGUUCCUUGUUUUGGCCGGUGAGGUGGUGUUAGGACAGCAAAGCUCAGAUGGGUUUCAAAUAGAGAUGGGGAAGGAGGAGCUUUCGGGGCUUUUUGAAGUUUUAGGUGCCCUUCUAGGAGACUCCAGCUGGGCCCAAGAACACCCACAACCAUGUGAUGAGACUCCAUGGCCUGGUGUUCAAUGUGAGAUUGGUGAUGAAAACCCUCCAAUGUUUCAUGUCACAAAGAUUCACAUUGGUCCUGAUAUUCUAACCCCUGCUUGCAAAUCCUCCGCUACCCUAUCAGUGUCCCUGCUCAAACUACCUUACUUGAAAACACUUUCCAUUUUCAAUUGCUUUUUGACAUCACCAGUCACUCUUUCUCCAACUCUACUUGGUGCACUGUCUUCCUUGGAACACCUAGCCCUUGUGUCCAAUCCAGCCCUCUCAGGAGAACUUCCCCCAAGUUUAGCCAAAAUUUCCAACUUAAGGGUCCUGAGCCUGUCACAGAACAAUCUACUAGGCAAGAUCCCUGGGAACAUUGGUGGGAUGGUCAGCUUAGAGCAACUUGACCUAAGUUACAACAAUUUAAGUGGUCAAAUACCAGUAGAAAUUGGAGGGUUGAGGACUUUGAGCAUUUUGGAUUUAAGUUGGAAUGUUCUAGAAGGUCAGGUGCCUGGCUCUGUUGGUCAGCUUCAGCUCAUCCAAAAGAUUGAUUUAAGUUCAAAUAGAUUUACAGGGAGCAUGCCUCCAGAUACAGGGAAGCUCAACAAGUUGGUGUUGCUUGAUCUGAGCCAUAACUUGAUAAAUGGGCCAAUCCCUGAAACCCUUUCAGGUUUGGAGCAAUUACAGUACUUGGUAGCUGAUAACAACCCAAUCAACACAGAAAUUCCUCAGUUUGUAGGGAAGCUCAUGAAGCUCAAAUCACUGAGCUUUUCAGGAUGCGGUUUGACUGGUCCAUUGCCCAACUUUCUAUCUUCCUUGAAAAAUCUCACUGCUCUUUCUCUGGACAACAAUAGCCUUACUGGGACAGUUCCUCCAGAUUUAGGGACUCUUCCAAGUUUAAAUCAGCUAAAUUUGAGCAACAAUCAGCUAAGUGGAGAUCUAUCACUUCCAGAGGAGUUCAUUGAGAGGCUUGGGAAGAGGUUGGAUGUAAGAGGAAAUAAUGGUCUAUGUACAAGCAAUCCACUUUACAAGAAGAAGAGCAUUUCUACUAAUCUGAUAACCCCUCUUUGUUUGAAUGCAAGUGGACCAAGAGAUUGCAAAACCUUGGCUGGUGAACACCCAAAUGAGUCUGACAGAAUGAAGCCAUGUAGUCAGUACCCUGUUCAGAAAAGUUCAGGUUCUUCAUGGUCAUAUGAACUGAAUUCAUGUAGUUUUGUUGUAUGCUUCUUGUAUCUCAUGUUGUAAACGACACUUUUUUUUUUCUUUCUAUUUGAAGGCAAUUUGAGGAACUGAUUUUCUUUUGAAUUUCAUGAGUCCGUUCGGACAUUUGGCAUCAA